ACGCCGGAUGAGCGGGGUUAGGGAUCCAACUGGCAACCUCAUGGUUCUUAGACGGAUUCCUUUCCACCGCGCCACCAGGGGAGCUCCCCUCACCCUGUUCUAAUGCAUGACUCCUCCCUCUGGUUUCAGCUCAGAGGAUAAUUCUACCAUAUUAGGAGAAGCCGUCCCGUCCUGCCUCACCUGGACCCCACGAUGCCCGCCCCGCAGUGCGCCUCCUGCCACAAGGCGCGCGCGGCCCUCCGCCGUCCCCGCUCCGGCCAGGCACUGUGCGGCCCCUGCUUCUGCGCCGCCUUUGAGACCGAGGUGCUACACACGGUGGUCGCGGGCCGCCUGCUGCCGCCCGGCGCCGUGGUGGUCGUGGGCGCCUCGGGCGGCAAGGACUCCACCGUGCUGGCGCACGUGCUGCGCGAGCUGGCCCCGCGCCUGGGCAUCUCCCUGCGCCUCGUGGCCGUGGACGAAGGCAUCGGCGGCUACCGGGACGCGGCGCUGGCGGCCGUGCGGCGGCAGGCGGCGCGCUGGGAGCUCCCGCUCACCGUCGUGGCCUACGCAGAUCUCUUCGGGGGCUGGACGAUGGACGCCGUGGCCCGCAGCACAGCCGGCUCCGGCCGCAGCCGCGCCUGCUGCACCUUCUGCGGGGUCCUGAGGCGCCGGGCUCUGGAGGAAGGGGCGCGCCUCGUGGGAGCCACGCACAUCGUGACGGGACACAACGCCGACAACAUGGCCGAGACGGUGCUCAUGAACUUCCUGCGGGGCGACGCGGGCCGCCUGGCGCGGGGCGGGGGCCUGGGCUCGCCGGGCGAGGGGGGCGCCCUGCCGCGCUGCCGCCCGCUGCAGCUGGCCUCGCAGAAGGAGGUGCUGCUGUACGCGCACUUCCGCCGCCUCGACUACUCCGAGGAGUGCGUGUACGCGCCCGAGGCCUUCCGCGGCCACGCGCGCGACCUGCUCAAGUAGCUGGAGGCGGCGCGGCCGUCGGCGGUGCUGGACCUCGUGCACUCGGCCGAGCGCCUGGCGCUGGCCCCGGCCGCGCGGCCCCCGCCCCCCGGCGCCUGCAGCCGCUGCGGGGCGCUGGCCAGCCGCGCGCUCUGCCAGGCCUGCGCCCUCCUGGACGGCCUGAACCGCGGCCGGCCCCGCCUGGCCAUCGGCAAGGGCCGCCGGGGGCUGGACGAGGAGGGCCCGCCGGGGGCGCCGCCGCGGGAGCCGUCCGGGCGCCCGGCCUCCGAGCGCGCCCCCGCCUUCUAGAGACGCCCGCCCGCCCGAUCUGCACUGCGAUCCGAGGGACGUGGCGAUCCGACGCCGUGGCGAUGACACUGUGAAGAAACCCGAGUCACCCUCCGCCGGGCUGCGCGUGAGCUUGGGAGGGGGCCGGGAUGCUGUUACCUGGGACACUGAGGAAGCUGGGGCUCCGGGUGCCUGGGGCUGGGGAGGAGGGACGGGGGCCUGGGGUUGCCCCUGGGUCUCAGACAGGAGAGGACUCAACGACUUUCGACUCCGGAGCGAGUGGAAAUGAGGGGGCCGCUUGCCGGCACCUCUGCGGGGUUCUGGGCCUGCUCAGGCAGUCCUAGCCCUUCUUGAACGCCUACUGUGUGCCCGAUGGUCCAUAUUUGCCUACAGUGGGAUAAGCAAGCCCACGUGACUUCAUGUCAAUUACAGUAACCAUGACAAUUC